AUGACUGAAGGUAGUAGGACUCCAAGUCCCCCACCAAGCCUGGAGAGCAGUGUUAGUCCAUUUUCGCCACCACCUCCAACUCGGGUGGCCAUUAGACAGUUAAAAUCAUCAUUGAAAUUGAGUCGUUCUGAUUCAUCAUCAAUUGCUGCAUCUUCGACAACCUCCUCAUCUUCAAAGAACGUUAGAUUUGCUGCAGAGUUGACUACAGUUAAGAAAUUCGAUUCUGCAGCUGAACCGAUUUCUAUUUCAACAGAGAGUUCACCUCAGUUAAAACCUAUAAUUCCCGCGAGUGAUGACGAAGAAGGUUUUGAUGAUGAACGUGAUGAAUUGUGGUUCAAUAAUCUUACCCUUUUACCCAGUUUAUUAACGAAUAAAAGAAAAAUUGGUAAUAAUAGUAAUAAAAACAAAAAGGAUUUUUUAUUAUCCCGAUUCCAUUUGGAUUACGAUUCUGAUUCAGGUAUAGAAGAUGAAGAUGAAGAUGAAGAUGAAUAUGAAUAUGAAGAAGAAGAUCAAAAACAUUAUCACCAUAAACAUGAAAUUUUAGAUAAAAAUCGUCCCCAUCAAUUUGAAGUGGUAGAUUGGCAAUACUUACAAUCGAACGUUAUACCUUUUAGAGCCGCUGAUGCAAAUCCAUUCAUCAAAAAGAAGGAUAAUGGACAAUUGGAGCCACAAUUGUUUGAUUAUUUACAAGGUUCAAAUAUAAGACUGCAUUCCCUGGAACAGAUCAAUAAUGAAUUCGGUAAGGUUUUAGGCCUAAUCUAUGUCAACAAUCUAAAUUUUGAGAAAUUUAUUGAAAUUAAACUCACUUUUAACAAUUGGAAGGAUAUUCAUUACGUUACGGCAACUUACCACAGAUCAAUUACAGAUAAAUUAGAUGAAUUUAAAUUUGUUAUUGAUCUUAACGUUUUAAAAUAUUCCCUGCAAAUGAGAAAUUUACUUUAUUAUAAUCCUGCAUUAACGACUACAUUAUGUCCACUGGAUGUCAACCUUUGUUGUCGUUAUGAUGUUAAUGGUGAAACCUUUUAUGAUAAUAAUAAUUACGAAAAUUAUCAGAUGAAAUUGGUUGUCACCACACAGAGUAAAAAAGAUUUGGAUGAAGAAAGAGCAGCCGUAGCAACUUCUGAAGCCGCAGCUGCAAAUAAAAGAAAUGAAUUGAGUACAAAUAGAGGAAACAUGUUCGCUAGAGAUUUCUUAGUGACUACUACUUUAUCACAUAGUCAUAGACCUUUCACUUCUGGAGCUAAGCCUAGUGAAGUCAGAAGAUUCAGCGAAGAUACGGAUUAUUUUAAUACGUCACCAUUAAGGCAUCUUUAUCACAAUGAUACUUCAUUACUUAGACCGGCAAAGAUGAAUGAAAUUUUAUUAAAUUCCGAAUACGAAAAUGAUAACGAUAUGGAAGUACCAAGUCCUAUUGAGACCGAGGGUCCAUUGGAUAUCAGUACCAAUGUAGAUGUACCCGAUGCUCGUUCAGUAUCUGACUCUACUUCCUCGUACUCUAGUGUAUCUUCACCUUCUGAGGAUUUGAAUCUUAUGGACAAUGCAGGAUAUUAUCGUUACUCUUCUGCAAAUUCAUUAUCCUCAUUAGAAUUAAACUCGGAUCUACCAAUAAAUCAUUAUACACUAACGGACAUUGGAAUGACUUUGAGGAACUUAGCUGAUGAAGAUACUUUUGACGACGUUCAAAGCAUCGUUACUGAUACCGGCGGAGAUGUACAUUUUAACAGCAGUUCGGCUCCGAGAAAUACUUCUGCAGAGACGUUAAUUACACCUGGAGCCAUACAUAGGUUGGUAUCGUCAAAUUCGGCAAAUUCUUCAUCUUCUAAUAAUAAUCUUAUUGGUAAUGACAGUGGUGAAGUAGUGACUCAGAAUAAGAUGGCGAGUUAUCCAAGAUGUUCAACCUCGGUAGAAAACAUAAAACCUAAGGAUAUGGAUUAUCAAACAUUUUCAAACUCUUAUUGUUUCUACAACUGUCCUCAUAAUUGA